CGCGCGGGGCGGGAUGUGCCAGAGCUCUCGCACCUCCACACAGAAAUCUGUGGCGUCGCAGAGCCUCCGUGGAAGCGACAGGAGCCUGGACUGGUGACGCAAGUCGGGACAGGUACACUGAGACGCGGAGGCUGGGAGGCUGUUGGCUGCGGACUGGAGGCAGGGACACAGCAGGAGAACCUCUGGAAUGGACGCAUAGACGUGACGGACAAGCAGAGCCUCUCCCCCCGCUCCCUGACAGCUCUACCGCAGCCGUGAACAUGUCGACGGUGGAAGCAGGCAGUAAGCGUGAUGAAGGGGAGUACGGAAGGGCUGCCAAGCGGCCGAAAAUGGAGGAGGCGCAGCUGGAGGAGAAGGAAGACAGAGCGGAGGAUGAGCUGGAGGAGGGGGAGGACUCGGACAGCGGCUCGCUGCCCGGUAACGGGGAGGUGGAGACGGACAGUCGGGCCCGGUGGAGCGGGAGGCAGUUCGGAUCAGGGCGAAAGGAUAAUGGCGAAGACUCCCAUCUCAUAUCUCCUAGUCCGGUGGUCCAUGUCCGGGGUCUGUGUGAGGCUGUGGUGGAAGCAGACCUCAUCGACGCGCUGAAGAAAUUUGGACCAAUAUGCUAUGUGAUGAUGAUGCCCUUCAAGCGUCAAGCCUUGGUGGAGUUCUCUUCAGUAGAGAGUGCCGAUCGCUGUGUGUCCUGUGGAGCAAAGGAGCCAGUGUACAUUGCAGGACAACAGGCUUACUUUAAUUACUCCACCUCCAAGAGAAUCACCAGACCAACAAAUGCUGACAACCCAAACAGUGGCAACAAGGUCCUGCUGCUGUCCAUUCAGAACCCCCUCUACCCCAUAACUACGGCGUCGCACAGUGGCAGCCCGCUGCUCCCCAAGUGGAUGGGUUAA